UAAUUCAAAUAUAUUUUUCUAUAUUGUAACAAAGUUUUCUUGGAAUAAAACAGAAAUACCAUGUUUAAAAAAAAAAAAAAAACAAAAAGAAUUUAACGGUUGUGAUUAAUACCUUAUUAACCACCGACAUGUUUACCACAAAAUUGUAAUGUCAACAUUAUAAAAACAAUACCUACACAAAUACGGAUUGUAAUUUAGUAUUUUCGGUAUCCGUAUUCGACAAUUAAAAUCAUAAACCUUUAUAACUGGAAAUAUCGUUGAGUAGCUCCACUCUGUACUAAAGCAUUAAAAAGUAAUUUCAGUGCUAAAGUUGAGGAAAUUAUUUAUCAGAAUUUUAUUCAAGUGUUAAAAUGAAGGUGACAGCAUUUUUUCUCCUGGUGGCUGCAACUUCUCUCGUAGAAUGCAAGCGGUACCGCAGCGACUACGAGGACUACCCGGAUGCUGGCGGCUGGCUCAAGCUGCACCGUGUGCCUGCCAACUGGCAUGAGGCUCGCCUACGGUGCCAUCUUGAAGGAGGCACCCUGGCAUCGCCGCUGACUCAAAAGAUGUCAGAUGUAUUAAAGAGCUUUGUAGAAGACCACGUGCUGAGCAACUGCGGUAUCUUUACCGGUAUCCAUGCCACCUUCUCCAGGGGACAGUUCGCUUCCAUCGAGGGAGUUCCCCUGGAGAGGAUCCCGCACCACUGGGCUUCUGGCGAGCCUGACAAUGAGCAGGACUCUGAGCAGUGCAUCCUGCAACUGAAGGAUGGCUCGCUGGCCGACGUGAGCUGCAGCGACACAUACCCUUACAUCUGCUACCGCAAGUACACCAACCAGAUAACCAACGCCUGCGGAACUUUUGACAAUGAGUACCAGCUUGACGCGCGCACGGGCAACUGCUACAAGUUCCACCUGGUCCCGCGCACGUGGUCGCGCGCGCACUUGGCCUGCACGUCCGAGGGCGGACAUCUAGCCGUCAUCAACAGCGACGCUGAAGCUAAGGUCCUGGAAGAACUGUUCGCCAAGAAUCCACCCGGCAAGCUGCAGUCUAGGGCGCCAUUUGGCAAGGACAUCGUCUUUAUCGGCUUCCAUGAUUGGAACGAGCAUGGAGAAUGGCUCACCGUCCAAGGUCAGACCCUGGAGCAGGCCGGCUACGUGCGCUGGUCGGGCGGGCAGCCAGACAACGGGACUCACAACGAGCACCGUGGGGAGUUCUGCGGUGGCAUUUUCCGCUCUGCUCAGCUCGAUGACCUGUGGUGCGGGAUGCCGUAUCACUUCAUCUGUGAGAAGGCUCCUGAUAGUUUGCUGUGGGAUGAACAGUAGAACCAUCACAACACUACCUGUUCCAACACCCACAACAACCUGUUGCACGACAAGUAAACAUUCUUCAUCAGUGAAAAGGCACUUGACUUUUUGUUGUAGGAUGAACAGUAGAGCACCCAUCACAUCACAAUAACACCCGUAAGUUCCAUAACCUCGGCUUGCCAUAUUACUUCAUCUAUGAGGAGGCACCUGACAGUCUGCUGUGGGUUGAACAGUAGAACCAACACAGCAAUAUCCACACGUUCCACCACCUCGACGAUAUGUGAGAAGACUCAACUAAUCUGUUAUGGGGUUAAUAAUAGAACCAUCACAAAUGAAAAAAAGGUAUUUCUAUACUUAAAAAGAGGCACUAACCUGUAUUUUUUUAAACACCUCGACGAUCUGUGGUGUCACAUACCGUAUGAGUUCAUCUGUGAGAAGUUUCUAGACAGUUUGUUGUGGGAUAAACAUUUUUUCUCCAUCACAUAAAGUGCACAGCGCCGCUGAAGAAGUUUCCGCUUCAACAACAAAGCUUUGCAAACUACAUUGAAAAACCUAGUUUUUUUUUGUGUCAAUAACAUACUAAAAAUUCAUGGAGAAUUUAGAAGUGGAAAAACUAUUUCUCUUUUUUUAUGGACGAGUCCGUGAUAUACUUCUGUGUUAAAUAACAUCAAUUAAGUUGAAAUUGAGUUGUGUCACUUUAAUCUUAUCGUCGUUGUGAACGACUAAUACAGUAUGCCGCUAUUUA